GCGACGGCUGGGGGCUCCCGGCGCGGGGGACGCUGGUGGCCAAGAUGGCGGCGGAGCUGGUGGAGGCCAAAAACAUGGUGAUGAGUUUCCGAGUCUCUGAUCUUCAGAUGCUCCUGGGUUUUGUCGGCCGGAGUAAGAGCGGACUUAAACACGAACUUGUCACCCGGGCCCUCCAGCUGGUCCAGUUUGACUGUAGCCCCGAGCUGUUCAAGAAGAUCAAGGAGCUCUACGAGACACGCUACGCCAAGAAGAGCUCGGAGCCCGUGCCGCAGCCCCACCGGCCCUUGGACCCCCUGACCAUGCACUCCACCUAUGAGCGGGCCAGCUCAGUGCCCAGGACUCCCCUCACGGGCCCCAACAUUGACUACCCCGUGCUCUAUGGGAAGUACUUAAACGGACUCGGACGGUUGCCUGCCAAGACCCUCAAGCCAGAAGUGCGCCUGGUGAAGUUGCCCUUCUUUAACAUGUUGGAUGAAUUGCUGAAGCCCACCGAGCUGGUUCCACAGAAUAACGAGAAGCUUCAGGAGAGCCCGUGCAUCUUUGCCUUGACGCCCAGACAGGUGGAGCUGAUCCGGAACUCCAGAGAACUGCAGCCUGGGGUCAAGGCUGUGCAGGUCGUCCUAAGAAUCUGCUAUUCAGACACCAGCAGCCCUCAGGAAGACCAGUACCCACCCAACAUCGCCGUGAAGGUCAACCACAGCUACUGCUCGGUCCCGGGCUACUACCCCUCGAACAAGCCUGGAGUGGAGCCCAAGAGGCCGUGCCGCCCCAUUAACCUCACCCACCUCAUGUACCUGUCCUCGGCCACCAACCGCAUCACUGUCACCUGGGGGAACUACGGCAAGAGUUACUCCGUGGCCUUGUACUUGGUGCGGCAACUGACCUCCUCAGAGCUUCUGCAGAGGUUGAAGACCAUCGGGGUCAAGCACCCGGAGCUGUGCAAGGCACUGGUCAAAGAGAAGCUGCGCCUGGACCCCGACAGCGAGAUUGCCACCACCGGCGUGCGGGUCUCCCUCAUCUGCCCGCUGGUGAAGAUGCGGCUGUCGGUGCCCUGCCGCGCAGAGACCUGUGCACACCUGCAGUGCUUCGACGCCGUCUUCUACCUCCAGAUGAACGAGAAGAAGCCCACCUGGAUGUGCCCGGUGUGUGACAAGCCAGCCCCCUACGACCAGCUCAUCAUCGAUGGGCUCCUCUCCAAGAUCCUGAGCGAGUGCGAGGAUGCCGACGAGAUCGAGUACCUGGUGGACGGCUCGUGGUGCCCGAUCCGCGCCGAGAAGGAGCGCAGCUGCAGCCCCCAGUGCCCCAUCCUUGUGCUCGGCACCUCGGAUGCUAAUGGGCUCCCAUCCACCCCCAACGUCAACGGCGGGAGUGGCGGUGCGCUUGGGGGCACGGUCGGCGGGGGCGGCGCGGCGGGAGGCGUGGAGAACGGGAAGCCGGGAGCUGACGUGGUGGACCUCACGCUGGACAGCUCGUCGUCCUCAGAGGAGGACGACGAGGACGAGGACGAGGACGAGGAUGAGGACGAGGAGGGCCCCCGGCCCAAGCGCCGCUGCCCCUUCCAGAAGGGCCUGGUGUCGGCCUGCUGACCGCUGGCCACCGCCGCGACCAGCCGGACACUCGACUUUCCUGGUGCUCACCACGCAGAGGGGCACAGGCGGGCCUCGGGCACAGCGGGAGGAGUGAUUUUUUUUUUUUUUUCUUUUUAUUGUUGUUCAUUUUGUUUUUCCACCCCUUUCCCUGGCUCCUGGCACCUGUACCUCUGGACUCUCCUUUCGGAGGAUUAAAAAAAAAAAAAAAAGUAAAACGACAAAAAAAAAAAAAAAAA